CACCUCCCCUCGCCCCGGCCCGGAACUCGCUCCCCCGCCUCCCCUCCGUCGCCCGCGGUCGCUGCUGGCUUCCAACGCACGCGGCAUCCGAAUCCGCACCGCACCCGAUCCCCCGCGCCACUUGUCCCGCCGCCCAAUGCCCGCCCUCCGGUGAGAUGGCGCCGCCGCGCGGCGGUGCCCCCACCCCCUCGGAUCCCCCCCACGCCAUUUAUUCUCCCCCAACAGCGUCCCGUCAUCCCCCUCACCCGCACCACCCCCGCUCGCCUAUUUAAGGCCCAGCGACAUGCUCUCCAGGAGGCCGCUCGCCGCCGCUCUACGCCUCGCGCCCCUCUCGCCUCCCCUGCUCCUCUUCUUCGCCUCCUCCUCCUCGUCGUCCCCCGCCUCCUGCUCCUCCCCCGCCGCUUCGGCUUCAGGCCCCAGAGGCUGCAGUGCUCUAAGGAUGGAUAGCGGCGCUGUGGAACCAGCUUCAACGGGAGCAAUCUGGUCAACACCGUCAGUGGAGCCGAGAAGCAUUUCCAUCGGGAAGCAGAUAUUCUGCAACAGGUCUCUCAACAUGAGGAACAUCACCGCAGUAGGAUUUGAUAUGGACUACACUCUUGCGCAGUACAAGCCCGAGACAUUUGAGGCCCUUGCUUACCAUGGCACCAUUGAGAAGCUCGUGAAGGAUCUCAACUACCCUGAGGAGCUGUUGACAUGGCAAUUUGACUGGAAGUAUAUGGUCAGAGGACUAGUGCUUGAUAAGAAAAGAGGAAAUAUCUUGAAGAUGGACCGGCACAAGUAUGUAAAAGUUGCAUACCAUGGAUUUAGGGAGAUGUCGAAGGAAGAAAAAGUUGCUGCUUAUGGGAGUACAUUGAUAAGGGAUUCCUUUGAUGAACCUGAUUAUGCCCUUAUAGAUACACUUUUCUCACUGGGUGAAGCCUAUCUGUUUGCUCAGCUUGUUGAUUUCAUGGACAGCAAUCCUGCAAAAGUACCUUCAGGCACUGACUAUGCGCUUAUGUAUAGAGAUGUGAGGUCUGCGGUUGAUCUGUGUCAUCGUGAUGGAACUUUAAAACGAAUGGUUGCAAAGGAACCUAGCAGGUAUAUCAAUGAAGACUUGGCAAUUGUGCCGAUGCUUCAAAUGCUUAGAAAAUCUGGACGCUCCACGUUCUUGGUGACAAACAGUUUAUGGGACUACACUGAUGUUGUCAUGAACUACCUAUGUGGGCCACAUAUGUCAGAUGUAAGCUCAAGCCACAACCAAAAGUGGCUUGAGUAUUUUGAUGUUGUUAUAACAGGCAGUUCAAAGCCAAGCUUUUUUCAUGAUGAUAAUCGAACAGGAUUGUUUGAAGUUGAGCCUGAUUCUGGGAAACUUCUAAAUGCUGAUCUUCAGAUUGGAAGCCCAAGUUCAAGUCAACAUCAGCCAAAACCAAUUCACAAAGUUUACCAGGGAGGCAAUGUUGGUCAUCUUCACAGACUACUUUCUGUUGCUUCUAGUUCGCAGAUCCUCUAUGUUGGUGAUCACAUAUAUGGAGACAUACUCCGCAGCAAGAAAGUUCUAGGUUGGCGGACUAUGCUGGUAAUACCUGAGCUGGAGCAAGAGGUGAAGCUUCAAUCAGAAUCAAAGUCAACUCGAAAGGAGCUUAGACACCUUAGAAUGGAGCGUGAUUCAGUUGAAGACACGAUCCAUCGCCUUGAAUGGUCUCUUCAAUUUGAAGAUCUUACAGAGAAUGAGAAGGGAAAGUUGUUAUCUGAGCAUGAUAAUCUACUGCAAAAGCUGAAGGGUAUCCGUUGCCUUCUCCGAGAUGCUCAGAUGCAACAUCAUCAGAAGUUUCACAAGGUUUGGGGACAGCUUAUGAAGACCGGGUACCAAAAUUCUCGGUUUGCUCACCAGGUUGAGAGAUUUGCGUGCUUGUACUGCAGCCAAGUUACAGACUUUGGGUUGUAUUCUCCCAACAAGUAUUACCGCCCGAGCGAAGAUUACAUGCCCCAUGAGUUCGAUGUGCUUGGCCUGUAGAGCUAGUUUGUGUACAUGCAGAAUUGAAGUUCUCCUUUGAGGUGUAGGCUGCAACAAGAUAUGGGCACAAUUUUAGCAUGAUACAGAAUAACAAAUGUUUACCACCUCACAAAACGGAUGAGGUCUACCUGGUGAAACUUCACCCAUUUUACAUGUUUAUAUACUAUAGUUGCUGAUAGGAAAUUUUACAGGUUUCCCGUUUUGUACAUAACAUGUUCUAACAGGGGGCGAAUGAAACCAAUGCUGAAUGUUGAUCAUUCCAACUAAGUAAAUAAUUUAAUUUGGUUA